AUGCCAGUACCAAUGUGUGACAUAUCACAGAAUGAGUUUGAGUGUAGCGAUGGUACUUGUAUAUCUGAAGACUGGUUUUGUGACGGUUAUGAAGACUGUGAAGAUGGUGGUGAUGAGCUAGAAACUAUUUGCAAAGUGUGUGACAUAUCACAGAAUGAGUAUGAGUGUAACGAUGGUACUUGCAUACCUGCAGACUGGUUUUGUGACGGUAAUGAUGACUGUCAAGAUGGUGGUGAUGAGCCAGAGGCUAUUUGCAAAGCAUGUGGAAAAUCUCAGAAUGAGUUUAAGUGCAGCGAUGGUACUUGCAUACAUGCACACUGGGUUUGUAACGGUAAUGAUGACUGUGAAGAUGGCGGUGACGAACUUGAAACUAUUUGUCAAGGAUGUUUUAUAGGAGACAAAGACGCAUUCAAGUGUGAUGACGGGAUAUGUAUUCAUAAAAACUGGAUCUGUGAUAACUUUCCUGAUUGUUCGCAAAAUGAGGAUGAAAUAAAUUGUCAAGAAACUGAAACAACACAGAAUAAACUAACAACAAUCGGUUAUAAUUACACUAGUCUCGGCAAAACGACCAAGCCUGUCAUAAAAACAACAAAUGAGGUGACAGAAACGACAAAAUCAAUGAGAACAACGAAUGACCAUCUGAUUAUUAAGGAUUUCCAGACUACAACAAGUCUUUCAUUGACAACAACAGACCAAUCCACCACCAUUAUUGAUAAAGAACAACCAACAACAGAACACUCAACUACACUCAUUGAUUUAGUACAACAUACAAAAGACCACUCAACUUCCAUCAUUGAUAUAGUACAACAAACAACAGACCAAUCGACUACCAUCAUUGAUAUAGAACAACCAACAGCAGACCAUCCGACAAAAGAACAUACAACUACCAUCAUUGAUAUUGUAGAACCGACAAAAGAACAUACAACUUCCAUCAUUGAUAUUGUAGAACCGACAAAAGAACAUACAACUACCAUCAUAGAUAUUGUACAACCGACAACAGACCAUACAACUACCAUCAUUGAUAUUGUAGAACCGACAACAGACCAUACAGCUACCAACAUUGAUAUUGUAGAACCGACAAAAGAACAUGCAGCUACCAUCAUUGAAGUUGUAGAACCGACAAAAGAACAUACAGCUACCAUCAUUGAUAUUGUACAACCGACAACAGACCAUACAACUACCAUCAUUGAUAUUGUAGAACCGACAAAAGACCAUACAACUACCAUCAUUGAAGUUGUAGAACCGACAAAAGAACAUACAACUACCAUCAUUGAUAUUGUAGAACCGACAAAAGAACAUACAACUACCAUCGUUGAUAGUGUAGAACCGACAAAAGAACAUACAACUACCAUCAUUGAUAUUGUAGAACCGACAAAAGAACAUACAACUACCAUCGUUGAUAUUGUAGAACUGACAAAAGAACAUACAACUACCAUCGUUGAUAUUAUAGAACCGACAAAGGAACAUUCAACUACUAUCGUUGAUAUUGUAGAACCGACAAAAGAACAUACAACUACCAUCGUUGAUAUUGUAGAACCGACAAAAGAACAUACUACUACCAUCAUUGAUAUUGUAGAACCGAAAAAAGAACAUACUACCAACAGUAUUCGUGUCGCACAACAAACAACAGACCACACAAAUAUCAUCACAGAUAUUAAACAAACAACAGCAGACAUUACAAUAGCUAGCAUGGAUAUCGCACCACAAACUACAGACAACACAGAUGUCAUCACUGACAUGGUACAAACAACAGCAGACAUUACAAUAGCUAGCAUGGAUAUCGCACCACAAACUACAGACAACACAGAUGUCAUCACUGACAUGGUACAAACAACAGCAGACAUUACAAUUGCUAGCAUGGAUAUCGCACCACAAACUACAGACAACACAGAUGUCAUCACUGACAUGGUACAAACAACAGCAGACAUUGUAAUAGCUAGCAUUAAUAUUGCACAGGACACUACAGAUAUCACAAAAACAAUAAAAGAUAUGAAACAACAAACAACAUCCCAUACAGUUGCUAGCAUUAGUCAUGUUGGUGUCAAACACCAGACAACAGACCACACAAACAAUAUAACUGGUACAAAAGAACCAACAACAGACCAGACAACUACUAUCAUUGAUACAAUAGAACCAACAACAUACCAGACAACUACUAUCAUUGAUACAAUAGAACCAACAACAGACCAGACAACUACUAUCAUUGAUACAAAAGAACCAACAACAGACCAGACAACUACUAUCAUUGAUACAAUAGAACCAACAACAGACCAGACAACUAUUAUCAUUGAUACAAUAGAACCAACAACAGACCAGACAACUACUAUCAUUGAUACAAUAGAACCAACAACAUACCAGACAACUACUAUCAUUGAUACAAUAGAACCAACAACAGACCAGACAACUAUUAUCAUUGAUACAAUAGAACCAACAACAGACCACACAACUACUAUAAUUGAUACAAAAGAACCAACAACAGACCAGACAACUACUAUCAUUGAUACAAUAGAACCAACAACAGACCACACAAACACUAUAACUGAUACAAUAGAGCCAACAACAUACCAAGCAACUACUAUCAUUUAUACAAAAGAACCAACAACAUACCAGACAACUACUAUAAUUGAUACAAAAGAACCAACAACAGACCAGACAACUACUAUCAUUGAUACAAUAGAACCAACAACAGACCACACAAACACUAUAACUGAUACAAUAGAGCCAACAACAUACCAAGCAACUACUAUCAUUUAUACAAAAGAACCAACAACAUACAAGACAACUACUAUCAUUGAUACAAAAGAACCAACAACAGACCACACAACUACUAUCAUUGAUACAAUAGAACCAACAACAUACCAAGCAACUACUAUCAUUGAUACAAUAGAACCAACAACAGACCAGACAACUACUAUCAUUGAUACAAUAGAACCAACAACAGACCAGACAACUACUAUCAUUGAUACAAUAGAACCAACAACAGACCACACAACUACUAUAAUUGAUACAAAAGAACCAACAACAGACCAGACAACUACUAUCAUUGAUACAAUAGAACCAACAACAGACCACACAAACACUAUAACUGAUACAAUAGAGCCAACAACAUACCAAGCAACUACUAUCAUUUAUACAAAAGAACCAACAACAUACCAGACAACUACUAUCAUUUAUACAAUAGAACCAACAACAGACCAGACAACUAUUAUCAUUGAUACAAUAGAACCAACAACAGACCACACAAACACUAUAACUGAUACAAUAGAGCCAACAACAUACCAAGCAACUACUAUCAUUUAUACAAAAGAACCAACAACAUACCAGACAACUACUAUCAUUGAUACAAUAGAACCAACAACAGACCAGACAACUAUUAUCAUUGAUACAAUAGAACCAACAACAGACCAGACAACUACUAUCAUUGAUACAAUAGAACCAACAACAUACCAGACAACUACUAUCAUUGAUACAAUAGAACCAACAACAGACCACACAAACACUAUAACUGAUACAAUAGAGCCAACAACAUACCAAGCAACUACUAUCAUUUAUACAAAAGAACCAACAACAUACAAGACAACUACUAUCAUUGAUACAAAAGAACCAACAACAGACCACACAACUACUAUCAUUGAUACAAUAGAACCAACAACAUACCAAGCAACUACUAUCAUUGAUACAAUAGAACCAACAACAGACCAGACAACUACUAUCAUUGAUACAAUAGAACCAACAACAGACCAGACAACUACUAUCAUUGAUACAAUAGAACCAACAACAGACCACACAACUACUAUAAUUGAUACAAAAGAACCAACAACAGACCAGACAACUACUAUCAUUGAUACAAUAGAACCAACAACAGACCACACAAACACUAUAACUGAUACAAUAGAGCCAACAACAUACCAAGCAACUACUAUCAUUUAUACAAAAGAACCAACAACAUACCAGACAACUACUAUCAUUUAUACAAUAGAACCAACAACAGACCAGACAACUAUUAUCAUUGAUACAAUAGAACCAACAACAGACCACACAAACACUAUAACUGAUACAAUAGAGCCAACAACAUACCAAGCAACUACUAUCAUUUAUACAAAAGAACCAACAACAUACCAGACAACUACUAUCAUUGAUACAAUAGAACCAACAACAGACCAGACAACUAUUAUCAUUGAUACAAUAGAACCAACAACAGACCAGACAACUACUAUCAUUGAUACAAUAGAACCAACAACAUACCAGACAACUACUAUCAUUGAUACAAUAGAACCAACAACAGACCAGACAACUAUUAUCAUUGAUACAAUAGAACCAACAACAGACCAGACAACUACUAUCAUUGAUACAAUAGAACCAACAACAGACCAGACAACUAUUAUCAUUGAUACAAUAGAACCAACAACAGACCACACAACUACUAUCAUUGAUACAAUAGAACCAACAACAUACCAAGCAACUACUAUCAUUGAUACAAUAGAACCAACAACAGACCAGACAACUACUAUCAUUGAUACAAUAGAACCAACAACAGACCAGACAACUACUAUCAUUGAUACAAUAGAACCAACAACAGACCACACAACUACUAUCAUUGAUACAAAAGAACCAACAACAGACCAGACAACUACUAUCAUUGAUACAAUAGAACCAACAACAUACCAAGCAACUACAAGCAUUAAUUAUGUACAACAAACAGUAUAUCACACAACUAACAAUAGUUUUGGCGUAUUACAAACAACAGAUCACACAACAACCAAGAUUGAUGUCGGACAACAAAUAACAACAAUUGGUGAUGUCUCAUCUUUUCAAGGAAUCAAAGAAGCACAGCAUGGUAAUUGCUAUACAUUAUUUGUGUCGUUUCUCGUUCUUGUAUGA